UACCUUCCACACCCAGUUCGAUACUGCACCACAGUGAAAUCUUCCAAGUCUCAACGAGAUCUUGUCAGGGAUCGGCAAGGUGCCGUGGGCAUCUCAUCGUCGGUUAUGUUCACCUGGAGGCAAGUCACAAGCGCUCGACAUGUCGAUUCGAUUCCAGGCGAGUACAGACUAACGCCAGACUUUGGUGCCUACGAAGAAUGUCAGUAUGUGUUAUCGCGACAUUCUCACGCUUUAUCUGAGGUACUAGCUCGUGGCGGCCCGCUCAGCAAGACUUUGCGAUUCAACGCGUCUGAACCAAACUGCCCCUUCAAUUAUUUGCCUACCACAUACGCGGUGAGAAAAAAACUUCAGAUUUGA